AUGAUGAACAACCAAACAAACGAAACAGUAGAACAAGCAAAUGAAUUAAAGUACGAAUUAAACUCUGUUGUUGAACGUUUAGAUCAAGUGGUCAUGGCUUGGAGCAGUAAAAUGACCAAACGCGAGAAUGAUUUUCAAGAAUUACAAAAACUUUCAACAAAAUUCACAUUCAAAGAAGGUGAAAUUAUCAAACUAAACAUUAGUGGAAUCGUUUUCAAGGUUUUUAAGGAAACUUUGGAUCAGAAAAUUGUAAAACCUAAACCUACAACAAUUAAAUUUACAAAUAGUAGACUUAGAAAUGAACAAAGUAUGGAACAGUCAACGGAGGAAGUUCAAUAUUAUCCACCUAACUUUUUCAAUGUACUCAUGUCUGGAAUUCACAAUUUAUCGAUGGAUAAGGAUACAAAUGCGAUAUUUAUUAAUAGAGAUCCAACUCAUUUUCAUUGCAUUCUCAAUUAUUUGAGAGGUCAAGGACAUUCGAAAGAUUUCGUUCUUCCAAAAGAUUCGUAUGCUCUCGAAUGUUUGUUUAUCGAAGCAAGAUUUUACAUGUUGGAAGGUUUGAUGGAAAUUAUUGAGAGAAUUUCUCCAAAUAUUAAACAAAAUUAUUGCAGAGAUUAG